AUGGAAGAAAACAAAGAUAUUUCAAGUGUGAAAGAUGUAACAAACUUAUUAAAUCAGACUCGAUGGUGUAAACAUUGCAAUAGUAAAUAUUUUAAGGCCGAUUUCUCAAAUUGGACAAGUGGCAACGCAGCAAUCGACGAAUGCAUUCAAGAAUCACAGCUAGCCGCUGAGCGACACGAACACGUAUUAGAAUGGAUUGACUAUGCUAAAUUUACGUUUAUAAGAAAGGUUGACUUCUCGAUAAACAAAGAAGCUUAUUGGGAGGAUGGAUAUGUGAUAAAUUGGAAUUCAGAAUCAAAUAAAUGGAAUCGGUCUGGUAGGCAGCGGGUUAAAUUGAUAACCAAUUAUUGCGAAAAAUAUUUGACCUCAAGUAUUCUUAAAUCGGAACUAGAAUUGGUAAAAUAUAAUCCAUCAAAUCGUCUAAUUUAUGGAUUAACGCGUGAUCCUGAGUCAAAGAAUUAUGUAGUAAUAGAAAAAUUAGUAGAACUGUGUCCUUCUUGUAAUGAAAAAUGGAUAUCUCUACGUUGGUGCAGAGGCUGUUAUUCUAAUCGUUUUAAGUCAGAACGCUCGAAUUGGACAAGUGGCGAUUCUAAUAUUGAUGAAUUCAUUUACGAAACACAAAUUACUGCCGAGUUUCCCGAACAAGCCUUAGAAUGGAUUCCGGAAAUUCGUCUUUCAGAAUUAAAGCAGAUAGGACGAGGUGGAUAUGGCACUGUUUUUAAGGCAUACUCAAAAGUAGGACGUAUCCGUAAAUGGAACUCUAAGACAAAUAAAUGGGAUCGAGAUGAGCCAAUGUGGGUUGCACUAAAAUAUAUAACAGAAAAAGAAAAUAGUAUUGCAGAGCUUCUAAAAGAGGUUAUCGCUCUUCAUAAAUGUUUGAAGAUUAAUCUGUAUUCCUUAGAUUGCUAUGGAAUCACACGACAUCCAGAAACAAAAAAAUAUUUGAUUGUUAUGAGAUUUGUAGAAGAAGGUGAUUUAAGAGCUUACCUAUCUGCUAAUUUUGCAAAUAGCACUUGGGUAGAUCGUCUCGAUAGACUCUGGAGCAUUGCGAUUGAUCUUCGUAGCUUACACGCAGCAAAACUUGUGCACAGAGACCUACACGCCGGGAAUAUGCUUUUUGGCAAGAACAGGCGUAACUUCAUUUCCGAUCUCGGACUAGCAUGUGAAGAUGGUCAAACUAUGAAUGGGAGUCUUAAAGGCGUAAUACCAUAUGUUGCGCCAGAAGUUCUUGCCUGCAAACCUCACACGAAAGCUACGGAUAUUUACAGCUUUGGAAUUGCCAUGUGGGAGUGCACAUCCUGCCAACCACCAUUUCACAAUAUGGCUUUUGGACCAGAUUUAGUUUACGAUAUUUACUGUGGUUUAAGACCCCCAGUAAUUAAAGGGACUCCAGAAAGUUAUGUCCAAUUAAUGAAGCAAUGCUGGGAUCCUGAUCCAGAAAAACGCCCAACAGCUAGCUUUUUAGCCAAGACUUUGGUACAAUGGAUCAUAAUUAUUUCUAAAGAUGCAUCAGAUCAUCUUACAGAUAAUGACAUUAUUAUUAGGAAUCAAUUUAAGUUGGCUGAGGAAGAAAGAAAAAAAAAUCCAUUUCCAGUUGUACCAUAUUUUGAAUUGAAAACACAUCCGUUGGCGCAUUAUACUAGCCGUGUUAUCUCGAGAAUUACUGAAUCCCGGCAAUUUGACCUUAAACUCAAAUAUGCGGGGAUAAAAGAAAUAAAUGUGAAAAUAUAA